UCAGUUCCGCUGGGAGUCGCAUCCUACCUGGAGAGGAGGUGUACAGCUUUCCACACUUGCCCGGCUCCUACUCUGCUGCUUCUGAGGUGGGAGGAAAAGUGCUGGUUUGGAUUCUCAGCUAGUGCAGCUUCAACAGAAAAAGAGACCAGAUGGGUUCUUGGGAAGCUCUUCUCUUCUCCUCCUUUCUUCUGUGGAGUCAAAGUAAAGGGGUGAGAUUGAUGUUCUUGUUAUUGAUCCUGCAUUUAGGAAAUUGUGUUGAUAAAGUUGAUGAUGAAGAUGAUGAAGAUUUAACAGUGAACAAAACAUGGGUCUUGGCACCAAAAAUUCAUGAAGGAGAUAUUACACAAAUUCUCAACUCGUUGCUUCAAGGUUAUGACAAUAAACUUCGCCCAGACAUUGGAGUGAGGCCUACAGUAAUAGAAACGGAUGUUUAUGUAAAUAGUAUUGGACCAGUCGAUCCCAUAAAUAUGGAAUAUACAAUAGAUAUAAUUUUUGCUCAAACUUGGUUCGACAGUCGACUGAAAUUCAACAGUACUAUGAAAGUGCUUAUGCUUAAUAGUAAUAUGGUUGGAAAAAUUUGGAUUCCUGACACUUUCUUCAGAAACUCAAGAAAAUCUGAUGCACACUGGAUAACAACUCCUAAUCGUCUGCUGAGAAUUUGGAAUGAUGGACGAGUUCUUUAUACCUUAAGAUUGACAAUUAACGCAGAAUGUUACCUUCAACUUCAUAAUUUUCCUAUGGAUGAACAUUCUUGUCCACUGGAAUUUUCAAGCUAUGGAUACCCUAAAAAUGAAAUUGAAUAUAAAUGGAAAAAGCCUUCUGUAGAAGUAGCUGAUCCUAAAUACUGGCGAUUAUAUCAAUUUGCAUUUGUAGGUUUAAGAAACUCAACUGAAAUCGCUCACACAAUCUCAGGGGAUUAUGUAAUCAUGACAAUUUUUUUUGACCUGAGUAGACGAAUGGGAUACUUCACUAUUCAGACCUACAUUCCAUGUAUUCUAACAGUCGUUCUUUCCUGGGUGUCUUUUUGGAUCAAUAAAGAUGCAGUACCUGCAAGAACGUCACUGGGUAUCACUACAGUUUUGACUAUGACAACCCUAAGUACAAUUGCCAGGAAGUCGUUACCUAAGGUUUCUUAUGUGACUGCGAUGGAUCUCUUUGUUUCCGUUUGUUUCAUUUUUGUUUUUGCUGCCUUAAUGGAAUAUGGAACCUUGCAUUAUUUUACUAGCAACAAAAAAGGGAAAACUACUAAAGACAGGAAGAUAAAAAACAAGACCUCGGUGUCGCCCGGUCUCCAUGCUGGAUCCACUCUGAUUCCGAUGAAUAGCAUGUCUCUGCCACAAGGGGAGGACGAUUACGGCUAUCAGUGUUUGGAGGGCAAAGAUUGUGCCAGCUUCUUCUGCUGCUUCGAAGACUGCAGAGCUGGGUCCUGGAGGGAAGGGAGGAUACACAUACGCAUUGCCAAAAUUGACUCCUAUUCGCGAAUAUUUUUCCCAACAGCGUUUGCUCUGUUCAAUCUGGUUUAUUGGGUUGGCUAUCUUUACUUAUAAAUUUACUUCUAGCCCAAAUCUAUAAUUCUAAUUAUAUCUAGUUUAAUCAGUUGUACUUCAGUAACAUGAGGUUAAAACUUAAAAUGCAGAGAUACAAUGGUAAAAAUACAAACAGUAUUGUAAUUAUUUUUAGGCUUCCAGAGGUAAAUAAAAUACCAGAUAGUAGAUUCGCUUACCUAAAUUUACAUGAAAUUUUUGAAUUGUUAAAUCCAGUAUAUUUAAAUACUAUUACAUGCUUUACUUUUACUUUAUGUUACUUACACCCUAUUAGGAUUUGGGAUUUAUAAUGAUGCAUAAUUUAAAAUUGAAGUAAUUGAGUAUAUAUUUUAUUUAAAUAUAAUCUGAUUUCUAAAAUAUAUCUAAUUUUUUACCUAAAAUGUUUUUAAUUUCAGUUUCUUGUUCCUUUUUAUUUUUCUACCUGGUUUAGCAUAUAUCUUGUUAAAAAGAUAAAGUCAUUAUUUCCUUGCAUUUAUUUCCAAGAUGCUUUAGUCCCAAGAAGAAAGUAAUUUAUUUCUGUCUUAAUUUAAUUUUUAUUUUGAGUUGAUAACAUAUAAUUGUAUAGAUUUAUAAGGGAAAACACGAUGUCAUGAUUUAUGAAUACAGUAUGGAAUAACUGAACACAGUAGUUGGGAAGAGCACAUGAUUUAUGAAUUGACGAAUUUUUGUUUGUCAUUUAAUACAGUCGAUUGCCUUAUGCAAUAUGAAAGAAAACUCCAGCUACAUUUAGUUUGAGGAUUUGCACACUUGGAUAGAGACGAUUUCAGACAGAUUUUUAAAAUGCAAUUUGGAAAAUGAUAAAGAAAAUGCUGCAUUUAUCCAUUUUGUUUUCUUCCUUUUGGCAUUUAUGAAGUAUGGAUAGUAACAUGUAUCAACACUAAGAUUAAAAGUAGAAAGAAUGAUCAUUCUUUUCAUGUGCUACAAAGUUGUAGCAGUGCUUCAGUUAAUAAUUAGGGGACAUUUACUCUUGUGGUUAAAGAAAUAUCUGGCAAAUUAAAUCGUAAGCUCAUUGAGAAUGUAGUCUUAUUUUUUUAUCAGACUUACUUAGCAAAUUAUUUUAUGCUUAUGUCAAAUAUAUGUCUCUUCUAUCUCUUGAGUUUGAGCCUGUUCUACAACAUUAUUACAUUAUCUUUUAUAGGAAAUGAGAAAAGCCACAGAAUCAUGUUAAGGUUAGAUUUUGCUACAGUCACCUUUAAAGAACAUGAGUGUGAGAGCAUUCUAGUUUUCAACAGACAGCAGAAAAAGGCCAAAGGAAGUUUCGGUAAGAAAAGCUGGUGUGUUAAUAGCUGCAACAUAUCUCUUGUGAAGAGAAGAAUUAACAUUAAGUUUCAAUGCCAUGGCCCUGUAAAUCAGUUGGCAUAUCAGUUGUUCAUAAGCAUUCCGUUUUCAUCCACCAUAAUUUAAUCUUCCAAAGAUUCAGCAGUGUCAGGUUGGAGAUCAACUUCAAAAACUGUUUCUAUUGCCAAGAAUGAUUAUCUGGAUUAAGAGAUUUAUGAUCAAGGACAAAUUUAUGAUCAAGGACUAAGGCUUGAAAAAAUGCUAUCACAUACAUAUGUGAUGCUAGAGUUUUAGUGCUGUAUUUCCUCCACACAGUUAGUGCAUGCCUGGUAAUGUCCAGGUAUAGUUAUAAUUUUUAAACAUUUAGUUCUUUUUAAUUUUAAUCUAAAUAUAUUUUACUGUGUUCCUCAGAUAAAUCUUAGUCAUUUUUCCAAUUUGUUUACAAACCUUUAGGCAGAAAAAGCAAAUGAACAAUUGAACUUUAAUGAAAAAUAUUAAGAGUGCUCUAUUCUUUGUGGAGAGUCAAAUAAAAUUUGGCCAUGUAUAUAUUCAUUUUGAGAUUACUCAUACAUUGUUGCUUUUAACAUUGAGUAUUGGUGGCUAUUUUAAAUACUAGCAUCCAUUUAGAAAUAAAUGGAAAAUAUUCAUAAAAAGUAAAAUACUUCACUAAAUUAUUUUGUGACUAGUUUCAUGUUUUAAGCUCUAAACUGCUCAUUAUUAAGGAGUACUUUAGAUUUGGGAACUUUUUCAAUUUUAUCUGAGCAUGACUAAAUUUUAAAGCUCUCAAAGACGCUUGAUAUAAGCAGCCUUGAUUUUUUUCAUUGAUGUCUUAUUAACUUGAUUUUAAACGUUGACAAUAUUUACAUGUGGAAAUAUAAUUGAUUAAAAUAUGAUAGAUACUUUCCUAUAUGUUUCUUGUAUAUACCAUCAAAAUAAGCAUUUAAUUUUCAAAGUCACUGGUAUUUUCAACAGCUUUAUCUGAAUUUAUGGAUCAGAAAGAGAAGCAUACAAAUCUUACUAUAAAGCAAAAGUAAAAAUACAUUUUUUUCCAAGGAAUCAAAAGAACUUAUUCUCAGAGGGGAUCCAUGCUAAUUCUUGUUCUUGUUUCAGGUAAUAGUUUUUCCUUGUUGGCAAAGAUUUUUUAAUCCUCUUCUUUUCAAGUGAGGUGUGUUUUGUUUUAUUGGUUUUAGUGGGACUUUUGCUGAAUGCAAAAAACAAACCUUUAGAAUAAAUCACAAAGUAAUAAAAGUGAAAAGGAUCAGAGAAACAGACAUUUAGAAUCAUUGGAAAAACGUUAAUUCACAUAAAUCCAUUUAUUACAACUAUGACUAGGAUAUGAAAGCACUGAGAUAGAGAAGUGUGAAUGAUGUGACUUUAUUUUGACUUACAGCGACAGAUUAGUAGUUUAUGUAUCCUUGAAUUACACAAACAAGAUUAUGUAUACUUGAAGCGAAAGCCUAGAGUGUUAACUUGUUUUAGGAGUAAGAAGUACUUAGACUAUUCGAGAUUUCAGGAAAAGAAUAAAAAUUCCCCCAAUAAAGCCAAUUAAAUAUAAAGUUUCUAUGUCAGGCUAAGAAUUAUACAAUUCAUGGAAUGUAUCUCAUUUUAAGUGAAGGAGAGACUUCAUUAAGUUUUAAGUCCUGAUAAACUCUAUUUUAAGUAUACUAUUGUAAAUAUGAAAGCAAUUAUCAGGGUUUUUACAUCUAGUGUGUUCACAUAGUUGGAUAUCCACAUAUACUGUAAUGAUAAGAAGUCUGUACUUUUCCUUAAGAAGAAGGAUAAAAUGGAGUGUUGCAUUCUUAAUGAUAAUUCAGCAUCAAAAAGAACAUCAGAUAGAACUCUCACACUCAUACUUGUACAUAUUAAAUAGUAUUUCAAUUCGGUACAUUGUGACUAAAUAAUUCUAAUGACUGGUCUGAGUAAAGUCGGAACAGACAAGCAUUAUUUGAAUAAACACAAAACAAAUGAAGAAUGUAUACAUAAAAUUGGCAAAUGUCUGUAUCACUGUUUUCUCCAAUCCUGAAACAUUUGCUGUAGCAAAAAAAAAAAAACUGCAUUCAUGAUUAUUUCAUUAGUGUUAUCACUAGGGUUCAAGUAAUGUACCAGCCACUUAAUGAUUUGUCAUUAGUCCACUGGAAGCAUUGUGCAAAUAAUUCCUGAGCAAACUGUAAUUCUUUAUAUUAUCACAUUUAUCCAAAUAUCACUGUUACGUCAUAUGAAGGCCACACAUAGUGGCGUUACGCUACUGUCAACAAUCCUUUCUUUCUUAAGGUUAGAGAGUAGUCUGACAGGCCACUGUAAAGUCACAAAACAAUUAACGAAUGUUUAUUAAAGACACUCCAGUUGGAAUUCCAAACAAUAUUGACAUUUUUUCCAGUAGAUAUAAAGUUGGCUUUUCUUACCCUAUGUUUGCAGUUUAGAACUGAGGUACCCCAACUCAAAUAUUUAUGGAGUAUUUUUUAUGCACAAAAUGUACCAGAGAGAAUAGAUAACAUAAAGAUGAAUUCUGAAGGAAUACAUGCAGAGAGAAGAGGAUUAGUUGUACAGUUUAAGAGCAGAAGAAUAAUUCUGCAAAGCAGUCCCGAAGAAUAUGUAUUUAAAAAUAUGAAUUUGAGGAUUCAAUAUGUCUGUGGGUGAGAGAAAUAGAUAUCACAGUUUCUAGUUGAAAAAUUAGGUUUGAGUAAAGGCACAAGAAUAUGAACAAAAAUGAAAAUUGCAUUUUAACUCAAAGUAAUUAUUCAUAUUGAGAUAAUAACUGAAUCUGAAAAGACCUACACUUAUAGUUAAGAGGUGAGAACACAGAUGUCAGGUAGCCCAAUGAUACUAUAAAUUCAGAAGAGUCAAUAAUUAAGUAUAAAGAGCAGUUAUUAAAUCUUCAAAAGUUUCAUCUAUUUGGUGUACAAUAUUGGGUAUAAGAAAUUUAAAGACAUGAUAUAGAAAAUGAGGAGAAAUGGAAAUAGAUAUAUCAGUGAUAAAAGUUUUCAGUGGAGGGGAGGAGAUAACUUGGAAUAAAAAAGAAAAUUGGCAGACACUAAAAUUAUGAUCAGCAAACAGUGUUAACCAAGAGACGUGGUGUGCACAUGGAAGCCAACGUCCUGUGGUAAAUUACACUUGUCUGCAUUUGAACAAACACAAACCAUAAAAGGAAAUUUUGUGUGUAUUACAGUCUUGCUUGCUGUUGUAUUUAAAUCAAAUGACCACUUUUGAAUAAUGACUUAUGUACUAAGAAUGAAAAAAGAACAAUAUUUCAAAGUAUACACCCAAGGUGGUUCUUGUGACUUAUUACUAUUUAGUAAAAUGAGGUCAUAAAAUCCACUACUUAUCCAAAAGUUUUCUCUUCAAAUAGCCUCCUUCAUCCUUCUAAUCUAGAAUACUUAGGGACCAAGGGAAGGGGAGAGAGAACUGUGAAAAGAAAGAGUUAUUGUGAGACCAGAAGAAUACAGGAAUUUUCAGGAAUAUUUGUCUUAAUAAGUAAAGUUUUAUUGGUGAACAAUGAAAUGUACCUGUAACUUUUGAGUCAUGAAUUGUCAUGACUGUAAUAACUGAAAUACCAAUAAUCAGCAAUGGAUUUUGAACUCAAUAUUUGGAACAUGAUUUACUUAAAAUGCAAAAAGUUGGGAUUUCAAUAAAUUGGUGUAAUAUAAAUUAUUUCCAUCAAUUAACUGUAGUCAGUAAAGUUUUAAAGCUUGUAAUGAUUUUUUUUAAUUUUUGCUUUAUCUUCUUGAGAAGCAUUUGUGUAUGACAAAGAUACUCUAAUUUUUCAGUGUGCUCUGUACAUUCAUGAUCCUGUGUACAAAGUAAACUCUGUAACUUAUCAUGAAAUAAAGCUUCAUGUUACAUUCUCUUAAAA